GUUCAUCGUACGUCAUUCUGAGAGAGGGAGGCCUGGGUCAAUUUCUAAGCGCAUGCGUGCAAGCCGCCGACUCCGGGAAAAUGGCGGAAAAUGGUGAGGUUUAAAGUUGGGUAUUUUUAACUUCUGAUUUGUUUGACGUUGUUUUUGCUAGCAUACCAAGAAAACUUAAUUGUGUUGUUUUGUUUCCAGCGUCUCCAUCUCAUGCUGCUGACAAUGAAGAUUCUUCAGGUAAACGAAGAAAAACCACUCGAAGUUUUAAAACACAAACGUAAAUCCGUUCGAAUAUGCAAGCUAUUAACUGUUCCAAUUGUCAGUUUGCCAGAUAAUUCCACGUCUGCAGCUCAUGAUCUAUAUUCCUCGGCGUUGUUUUAUCUGCUUUUUUAGAGAGGUGUAUAUUAAUUGUAGUUUUCCUUCUUCUUCUCGUUCAGGAACAAAUAACUCCGUGAGAAUUCUUGCUCCGCCGAAAUUCACUUUACGUCAAGAUACGUCCGGAAAAGUUACGGUAAACAGAAGCUUAUAUUUCGUAGUUUUUGUUUUGUCAAGCAGUUGGAUUCGUUUGAAAGAAAGUACUAAUAAUAAAAAGUCUAUCAGUGAUCGAUGUUGUAUUCAAGAAUUUAUGUGGCCAUUUCAUUUUACAGUAUAUAUGAGCUUAACCUCAAGUACGCUAAUUAAGUGAACGAAGAAAAGGAAGCAGAAAAUCAACUUACAUGUUUAGACAUUUUCACUUUUGUAGGUUCAACUUUUGUGCCAUGGCCACACGUCUUCUUGCUCUUUAUUAUGCAUCCUUUUUCUGACUCGCAAGCUAUAAUUAUCUGUUCUCCAGUUGGUUUAUAAGAAAUAAUAAAGCCCAGAGUACUACAUUAUAUAAAUAAUAUAUGCACAAAUAAUUCUUGUGCGGAAAUUUUACCUCAGUUUUUUACAGGAAGGCUGUCAUACGAAGUGCUUAACAUCACGUAUCCCAAAUCUUCUCUGUAUACUUUCAAAUAUUUAUGCAGUUUUUUCUAAUUUCCUUUCUUAUGUCACUCUUGUUUUAGAAUGCUUAUUCCAAAGAUAAUGGAGAGGAGCCAGAGGUUUCAAGUGAGGAAUCAACGCCUCUUGGAGUUUCAGUCAAGGUAAUGUAUGCUUAGCAACAUAAUUGCCAAAAUAUGGCCUUAAAUUCUUUCCGGAAUUUUCCGAAAAAAGCUCUAAAAUUCUUUUAGAAAUGUCUAAAAUUCUCCAAAAACUCUAAAAUUCCCAAAAAUUCUCAAAAAAAAAUUAUUAUUUUUUUUGAUAGUGAGGGCCCCUUUUGGUGAAUGACCACUGAUAAGUUGUAGUGUAGACAACUCUGAUGAGAAGCCGCUAGUUUGUUGUGCUCAGUGGACAGUGCUCUAGACACUGCUGUAGCAUUUAAGCGGACUAAGCCCUCUUUUGGUUGAUAGGAAUACAACAAAAAACUUUUUGUCAACGUUUUUGCCGUGAAUAUGGUCAAAAAGUCAGGUGAAUGUUCAGAUUGCUCUAAAAUUCUCGAAUUUGUCGAUUUUUUCCCUAAGAUUCCCGAGAUUUUCGAAAAUUCUUUUUGAUGUCUAAAAUUCCAAAACAAUUCUGGAAUUAUGUAGCUAAGCCUAAGGUAACAUGAGAGUCUCAAGAAAAUGAAAUUGUAUACCGAUUAUUAUGGCAGAUCUCUUGGCUGGCCCAGGUCUUGUUUUGUUUUGACUCCACGUCUUAGCGAUUGAGUUGAUUGAUACAAUUUCCUUUCAGUGGUUGCGUGCCUGAAUGCCACCCUCUCUAGCCAGAAUGAAAGUUGACUUCCUUUACUUUCCCAAGGUUCUUUUGCCAGGAUAGUUAUGGAUUCAUGCAAUUCGGUGUGGUAAUUCUGCAGAUGUUUGUAUGUUGGGACAAGAUGUGCCUCCCUCAACCUCCCCACCCCCUGCCCCACUAUUAUAUAGUUUAAACAAAAAGUAAGAUACAUGUUCUCUUUUCAGUUGUGUUAAUAGAAAGUCACUAAAUGGUCGUUAUCGAAAUUAAAAAAAAAAAAACAAUGUGUUGGCAGGGUCUAUUUUUGCGACAGCUAAAUGACUGUUUUGGCGAGGAAGCCGUAACAUUUAUUUUAACAUAACAAUGCAUGGGCUAGGAAAACUUUUCAGGUGCAAGCAGAAGUGUAAGAUAUGUGUUUUGUGGAAGUGGGUUUAAUCCCAGAUCUUUUAUUGACUAUUCUUAUGUUUCAAGUCAAAAAUUCAGCUGAAUCACAGGUGUAUAAUUAACUUAUUGCAUGGUAUUCCAAGGCUACUGAAGACAUCUAUGUUCCUAAGAUUAUCAAAUAAGUUUUAAAUCUGAGCUCUGAGUCAUUCUGAGUUGUGUGUGAAAAAAGGCGAGGCUGAAUUGUAUUUUCAACUUUAAUGCAUACUGAUAUCAGGGCUCAAAACAAUUCCAUCCUGACAUCUAAAAAGAGUAACUUGCCCAAUGGAAAUGGGUCCAGGCAAUUCAUUCUCCAGCUAAAUCAUUAACUAACAGUUCUAACUAAGAAUUCUAAGCAAGUACUUGCCCCAGGCAAGUACAACAUUGUGAGAGCUGCUUGCCCAAAGGAAGUGCUGGAAUUCAAGUUAUCUUUUUAGCACUUGUAGUGAUGUUCAAAUUAUGAUUAAAGUUGCCCCAUGCAAGUAAAGUGUGCGAGCUGCUUGCUCAAAGGAUGUGCUAGAAUUCAAGUAAUUUUUUUAGCCCUGGUAAUGAUGUUCAAAAUAAAUAUGAUUAAAUACCUAACAAAGGUUCUAAUUAUCUGUUUAUAUCUAGAGAUCCGCUGAAGGGGAGGACAAAGAUGUUGAUUCUGAACCAGAUGAAGGUAUGUUGCACACCCUAUAGUGUUUAUCUGUGUGAUGCAAAAUGUUGUCAAAGAAUUUUUUGCAAGAUAUGCCAAAUUUUAACAAUAAUAAUAAUAAUAAUUUUGCUCUUAAAGGUUUUGUUUUAAGUUUUGCAGUUGGAGAUUAAAAAGAUUUUUCCCUGAAUCUGUGGCGUCAGAAAACAACAAAAAUAUUUCAAUAUUUUGCUUUGAGUUAACAGUCAGAAGAUAAUGAGCGUAAUAAGCUUAAUAACUCAGUGGCAGGAGCAGACUGCUCCUAGUAUUUUUUUUCUCUUGGAAAAAACUGCUAAAUAGAAAUAGCCUUGUUUUAAAACCUUUGAUAACUUUACCUGUAUAAAAUGUAUGUUAAUAAUUAUUGUGCCAGUCUUGUGCAUUGUAAUAAAGAAGCUAAUGAGAUCUAUCUUGCUUACAGUGUAGACAAAAAAAAUUCUACUUUUUUGAGUGAGUUGUUUGUUAUGGACAGUGUUGCUCUGAUCAAAAUGUUAACCUUUCAAGCCCUAAGGGUGACCUUCAUUAAUAUUAUUUUCCACUAACAAUAUCAGUACAUAAUCAAGAGGAAGGGCUAUAAGAAUUGAUAAAGUGAUCACCCAAGGGAAAAUGCUUUGAUCUUUUACAGGGCUCGAAAUAAUUUUCGGAUAGUCUUCGGUCACGAUGACCGGCCAAAUUCAUUUUUGCUCGGUCACGUAUCGUUUCUGGCCGGUCAGAUGUAUAUGAUGAAUUACUCUUUUAGGGGCCCAUAAACCCAAAAUGUUACGAAUUUAUUUCGCAAGAGUCGUUGCUGAGAGCUUAUAGCACUUUAAAGUGCUUUACAAUAAAAGUAAAAUACAACGGCGAAAUGAAAAUAAGCUUAAUUAGGCUUAUGUGUAUUAUCGUUACACUUUCUGUAAGACUUACAUGUCUUACAUAUCUUUAGAUAUUUUUUUCUUCAACUGAACAUGUUCCUUGUUAAUCACAACUAGUUUUUACUUGAAAGUUUUUCAUUUAAUGUUAUCUACAACCCACUAAUAGCUGGCAAACAUUAGAGUGUUUGUACAUUGUUUAUCAGGUUCACGGUUGUACAACCUUUCAUGUUUACAUUACGCACGCGGCCGAUUACUGUGCUUUUCACAAACAUGCGAACUCUAAAGUUCAAAAGAUGCCUUCACUAUUGCGUUUUUGGCUGCCGUCAACCAUAAUUAUGAUUACAAGCAACGAACCUUAAAACAAAGAAACACACAAAACGGAUCGAAAUCCUCCAAUCACAAAUCAGAAACCAUGACCUUUUGAACCCGUUAAAGUAAAGUUUUGUUUCCUAAGAGGUCCGUUAGGAUGAUUGACGGCAGCGAAAAACGCGAUCGUCAGUUGGCUUUUGAACUUCAGAAUUCGCAUGUUUGUGAAAAGCGCAGUAACACAUCGAUAAACUUGCGAAGAGUGAAAUAAUUAUUGUAACGUUGCUAUGAAUUAUAGUCCCUUUGCAGUACACUGCUUUGAUAAUAUUUAUUCCGCUUAAGGAAUUAAUUUAUACGCAGGGACAAAUGUACAACUUGAAAAUUACAAAUAAAAGUGGAAAUAUUUGGUAAUUUUGUGACCGGAAGUGGGCGAAUCCCGAUGUCUGUUUCGAUGCGCGAAUUGUAAACAACGGCUCUAGUUGCAUGUCACCAGGAUGUCAUAUCAAAGUUCCGCAAUACACAGCGACUCGAUAAAUAACAACUGAAACAACUGAACAGCAGGAGCCUUAAAUUUAUUUCAUUUUCAAUACGAUUGAAUUUUGACCGGUCAACAUGACCGGCCAGACGAAAGUUUGACCGGUCAAAUCCACAAUCAGUCCGGACAUUGUCCGUUGACCGGCCGUUAUUUCGAGCCCUGUUUUAUCAAAUUCUCUUAACUAAUUUUUGUAAGUAAAUGUAUGGAGAUCAGUCUGGAGAAUUUGUAUGUGGAUAAUUGGGUAUUAAAUGGUUAAUAUUAGUAUCAACUGCAAAUAAAGCCUACCUUCAAAUUAUAGUACCGUGCAUUAUUUAGAAAGUGAAAAUGUGCAAUGUAAUAUAAAGUGCCAUAUUGGCCAAUGCUUCAAUUGCUGAAAGUCAAGAUGGAAUCUAUCAGGAAAUUGAAUGAAUCUAAUCUGUUCUAAUCUAACCUAAUCUAAUCUAAUAUGUGUUUUCUCAAUUCCUCUGAAAUGUGAAAUUUAUUUUCUUGGGUUCCCAUGAGAAUCUUUUUUUGGAGUUAUUUUAUAAAUAAAAAUUAGCCCUUGAAAUGGCUUAAAAUAUUCUGGUACAAGGUUUUUCCCCACUGAAAGUUAAAAUUACUCAAUUUUGUAAUGAAAUUUGUCUUAAAGUUUAUUUUAGUUGAAACAAUUUCUGUUUCUGAUAUCAUAAUUAUGUAACUUUCAUUUUCAAAGUGAUCCAUUGAGUAACUUUAAAAAGAACACUGAACAAGUCAAUGAGAUCUAUCCUUCUCUCUCUAGACAGAAAGAGUGCUUGUUAUUAUAUUUUAUAUUACAUGAACAUGAUGCUUUAAUAACUGCUACUUAUUAUCACCUGCCUACAAGCCCUACCUUUAAAUAAUAUAUCAUGUUUUAGAAAGUGAGAAGUAAUUUUCAAUAUAAAGAGAGCCAUUGGCCAAUGUUCAAAUUGCUGGGAGUCUUAAAGUUUACUUAAGUUAAAACAAAUUUCUGUUUCUGGCUAUUAUUUUGACAAAAUGGUAUGGUCAAGUUACUUGCCUUAUCAACAUGAUUCUAAGGUUUGAAACAACACUGAGCAUCUGGAUGGAAAUCUUACUUAAUAUGUUUAAGAUUCUUCUUUCUUUUGCACCAGCAGUGCCUUUUUGUUGUUAAGUUAUGGAAAGCUAUUGUUGAAAUUAUGACGUGAUCUUGUUCUUUGUUUUGUAACCACAGUAUUAUUAUGUGUAGUCUAGCAGUGAAGGCAGAAGGAAGCCGUUGAUGAUGGUUAAUCUGCUUUUUUAUGCUUCUCUUCUAGGCGACAGUUUUUCUCCAGUGAAAAAAGUGGCCAAGCUUGAAAAAAAUAAUUAUUCAGGUACUUACUUCACGCGUACAUCAUUGGUAUCUACCACUGCCAGAGAAAUUAGAACAAUAAAACAAUUUCAGUAGAUAUUAUAAAUGACUAAAAUUAAUUUCAAUAAAAAUCUAGAUUUUAUCCUCCAGUGGUUAUACAUGUAUAUAACUUCCUACAAUAAGCAUAAGCAAAGAGGAGCACAAAACCUUUAAAAUGCUGUGAGCCAUUUAGUAUUGUUUCAGUUUCUCUCACUGGACACAUUAAUUUUGAUAACUGUAGUUCAACUCAGUCUCUUGUUUUUCUCAAACAUACAAUCAUUUACAUGCACCAUACCUGUGAUAACAACAGGCUGUACUGGAAACAUGUGCUUAGCACAAAAAUAGGCACUGCUUCUCUUUACCUCCACUGUAUUAUACAUAAUUUAAUUAUGUAUAAUACAGUGGAGCUAGUGGAACCCAGUCAAAAGGGAAAAUAGAGUCUAAUCUCAGGGUAAUCUUGGCUAAAUCUUGUCUUAGUAAUAACAGUGGUUCCAUCCCCAGUGAGGGACUUGAAAUCAGUAUCGUGAUGAGUACUGUACUAUAUGUUUAGCACAAGUUCUUACUAAAUAUUAUAUUGACAACAUAAUAAAGUCAAUAGAAUGCAUUGAAAGGCCAGUUUUGUUUGAUGUGUAGUAUUAUCUGUAUUUUUCAUGUUCAAAAUGGAUGUAGCAGUUUUUAUUGAAGGUUACUAAAUCUGUUUUAUCUUAGAUUCAGAUGAUGAUAAGCCUCAUAAGGUUUUUUUAAAGCCAUCUCUUCUCUCAGAUGUGGCAAAGAACUUGGCAAAUGCAUCCCCAAAAAGUAUGUCUGGCUGGAAAUUUAUUAUAUGUAUCUCUUAAUUUGUUAAAUUUGUUUUCUUGGUUGGCAACUUGGCAUGCAUAGCUUUAAGGAUGAGAUUGUUGUACGCUAAAACAUGUAUGGUUUUUCUUUGUGUUUUAGUUGAUAGAAACUCUACAACUUCUCCAGUUCCUAAGGUAUGGUUAAUUGAAGAUUUUUCUACUGUUGUAUCAAGCUAAGGGCACAAAUUUAAUGAGUUUUUGCUUCACAAUCUGAAUAUUUAAACAUUAAGCUCUAGUGAUUAAACAGGACUUUUGGUUUCACUAACAUUUCCAGUCACUCACGAUCAUUUUUUGGGGGGAUAUUUUAGCUCAUGCUCUGGGCUUGUUCCCAUCGUCCACCUCUUGCACUUUUUGCUUGUCUCCAGCUCUCACUCUUCUCGCUUGUUUUGUGCUCCUGCUCCCCACUAAGCCAUGGGAAAGCCUUUCAAGAAGGCCGGUACAGUAUCAUCUGUAUGUACUCAAGUACGCAAAGUACGCAAAGUGUAAACCCAACCCUCCAAGUUGUUUCCAUUUUGGUCACCAUGGCACCUGAACUUUUGGAGCUGGUGACUUGACUUGUAAAAGUCUCCCUAAACCAAAAGAGUGGGUUGCCAAAUGGUGACCAAGCAGAAACUUUUACUUGGAGGGUUGAAACCAAGUGUGAAUCAAAGCAAACUGACAAGAGGUAUUUAUUUUAUCAAAAGAGUGGUACCUGCUAAAUCGAAGGCAACCCAGAAACACACUUGUCAAGGAAGUACCAGUCUAACAGAAUCACUCUGAUACCUUCUUGAAUUUUCCCCUCAGACAUUUGGCAUCUCCAGCAAUGAUUCCUCUCUUACUGAGCAGAGUACCAACACAUCACAGCGCUCACAUGAGUUGGCACCAGGACAGAACAAGGAAGGAAUAAUUGGAGCUUCCUCUAAGAAUUACUUUGCGGAGUUUCUAGGAAGUGGAAGAGAGUAAGUUGUAGAAAAAAUGUUAUGAAUACAGUCAAAUUAGAUGCGCAUCCCUUGUAAUAACAAUAUUGAAUCGUUUUUCUUGUAGAUCCUCAACAAAAACCUCAAGUGGAUCCUUUGUGUUUGGACAAAACAUGGGUGAUAGAGUUAUGGUGAGGAUUUAAUUGCAAGCAUUUUUUUUUUACUUUGUAAAUUAGCUCCUCUAAAACUGUUAUCCAUUAUGUCACAUCAUUAUACGUUAUACUCACCAUCUGUCUUCUCAUUGGCUAAGAGUCUACAGCUAAUUUUGGAAAUCAGCGCAACCUACAGAUUAGUUAGUUAUCUGCUAGCAGAUAACUGACUAAUCUGUAGGUUGCGCACACAAUACAUUAUGUCCAAUAUCAAUAUCAAUUUAGGUUCCUUGCGACUGUGUGUUUGUCGUUAUUUGCGUCAAAACGAUUAUAACCUUGAUAAUUGCGGAUAUCACACAAACCUCAUCCAAUAAUUGUUUAUAAUCAGAGGUUUAGAAUUGUGAUUGGGGAAUCCCCCAGGCAAGAAUGAGGUGGGAUAGAAGAAGAAAUAAAAAUCAUACAUUGUACAGUACACCCUCGGCAAGGGAUGCUAUUGUAUUUGUCUGGAUGUACAAAUUAAAGUGUAUUUGUCUGGAAGGGCAAAAAUGAUUUGAAUACACCAGGUGUGGAGGCAUAAUAUUUUAAAAGCAAAGAAAAAAAAUUUCAUGUUAAAAAAUAUCUGGACAUGUGUGGACGAGACUUACACAACAAAAUAUGUGUGCCAUGUAGCUGAAUCAAAAUCAAUAAUUGCCCCUUUGACAUUUUGUUUUUCUUUCUGUGGUUAGUUUUCAGCUGCAGAUAGCAGUGGAAAUAAUGUCGAGACCAAUGGCAAGACUGAAGAAAAGUCAACAGCCUGUGACAAUUCAGUCAGUGAUCACCUUGGAGGUUGGUUAAAUUUGUACAGGUAAUAGCAUGAUUUGUAGUGAUAUUUGGCGUAAAUACCAUGAGCGAUAUUUCGAAAUUGUUAUAUGUCAUUUCACGAGCUGUUGGGCGAGUGUAAUUUGAGACAAUUUUGAAAUAUCACGAGUGGCAUUUAUGCCAAACAUGACGCACAAAUCAUGCUAUUAUUUGUUUAUACUACCCACAAAAAAGUUUGUAAUUUUCACAUGUAGGUAUUUCAAAUUAAGCUGAAAUGCCACUGCUCUAAGUCAGUCAAAUUGCAGAAAUUUCUCAUGUAGUAGUAUGAUAUUAUCAAAGUAAUCUGUAAGCAGUCUCUGUAGAGUGGGUUUCGCUUUAGCAGAGCAGAGCACAGCUUUGAUUGGUUGCCACUCCAAGUAAAAAAAAAAAAUUGCCAACUAAAGUUGAACAACAAAAUUAAUGACGAACAAAACCAUGUUAAUUUCUAGAUCUUUGUUCUAAAAAUAAAUUAAUAUAUUGAUUUACAACCUACAAGAUGCUGAAAAAGUGUCAUUGUCAUAGAGAGUCAUGAAACCCAUUCUGAAACCUGAACAAAGUAUAGUGAUUUCUAGUUGUAGAUCUGCCAGAGGUCUCUUGGUUAAUAAAGCUUGCGUAAGAGUUUUCAUUUUAAUGCAUGCACAUACAAUGUAACUAGCAUAUUUUUGUAAUCCAAGUACAUACACUGUCCAGCUAAUUUUCUUAUAGGAAAUUUGCAUGCUCACCUUAACCUGUGCCUGAAAGGUGAAAUCAGCUCUUUCAUGUACAAAAAUAAUAUUAAAUUGUCUACAGUUCUGCCUAUUGCAACCUUAACAAAACCAGCUGAAAAUUUUUUCCCUAUCCCUCUUUUCAGGGGAUAGGGACACUUUAUCUGGGUCCCGAAACAUGGGUUUAACCAUUAUUAGGGGGAAACCUUAGCAAUCAAAAAAUGACUUACAUGUACCCCAAGAAUUGUCCAUAACUUUAAGUGUUCACUAGUCACGAUGGCGACAGCUUUCAAAAAAUGAAUUAACUCACUUAAAUCAAUGUACUACACUUGUGGGGAUACAACACUCAACAUUGCAGAGAUAACUAGGUAAUCAUGAUUUUUAUACAUUAUCCAGCUGCUUGAGAUAAUGACUGCAGCAGAUUCCAUAGCCUGUGAGAGCAGACCCCUUUUUAGCAACGUGCAAAGAAAGUCGUGUCCGAUAGCCUGGCAGGGCUAGUGGAUUUUGCUAUCAGGCUACUGAUUUUUCCUCUUAACUUACCUGACGGGCAAGUGCUGUUUUUUGGGGAAAUUCAAAUUACAGAAGGAUUGUAACCAAUCCUGCUGAUCAAAAAGGGUUUUGGGGCUAGUUGAAAGGACUUGUGGGCUAGUACGUGCUAGCUACAGCUUGCCUGAAUAGCAGGCUGUAAAACUGUCUUUAUUUGCACCCUGUUUAGACUCUUGCCUUGGUCUCAAGGGUGUCCCUUGAAUGGGGGUUCCAUUGUAUUAGUAUGGGUAUUAAUUAAUUCUUAUAAAAUAUAUUUAUUAUCAUUUAUUUUUAUUAAUAAUUGAUUAUUGUUAUCAGUAUCAUAAUGAUAUUACUAUUAGUUAGUACUCUAUUUUAUGUUGUAAUUUUUAAAAGAUGUCAUUUCUUUGUUAUCCAAAUCCCUUUGACCAUUGCUUCCUCAGGCCUUGAUGGACUUGGCGAUUUUAAAAGAGGAAAUUUAAAAUUUGCUUUUUUGAAAUCGCCAAGAGUGUCAUGUCUCUACUGUGAAGCUUGCACUUUUACAUUUGAAUUCAAGUUUGAAUGAUGUUAUAAUGUUCAUCAACUUACGGGGUCUUCAAAAGCUGCACUCAAUGUUCCAGACCACCACUCCUUAUCAGCGUGCAAAGAAAGUCGUGUCCGAUAGCCUGGGACUAGUGGAUUUUGCUGUUGGUCUAGUGAAUUCUGUUAUUAACAUGCCCAACAAGCAACAACAGCAAGUGAAUUUCUCUAGGAAAUUCACAUUACAGAAAAACUGUUAUCAAUCGUGCUCAUCCAAAAUUUUUUUCGGGCUAAUAACUCUUGGGCUAGAACAUGUUAGCUGCUGCUUGCCAGAAUGACUUUCUUUGCACCCUGCUUAUUCUUAGUUUUACUGUACUAAAUUUUAAGUAAUUUAAUGUCAUUACAUGUAGCUUCAUACAGUGUCAUUGUACAAUGACCGUUACAAAAAUCUGCCAUACAUGUAUAAUCACAUAAUUAUUGUAAUUAUUGUUGUUGUUAGAGUUAUUAUUAUUAUAACUAUUAUACAUUUUGCACACUAUCUGUGUUCUCAACAGCCUACAGUUUUUUUUUUGGAAAUCAGCGCAACCUACAGAUUAGUUGUUUGCUAGGAGAUAACCGACUAAACUGCAUUAUCUCCAAGAGUAAUGUCAAACUGCUUUCCUUGUAACAGUCUGUUUGUCGUUAUCGUCUUCAGAAAAAUGUAUAAUUAAACAAUUAUUAGAUUUGGGUUAACUGGAAUAAUCAAGGUCUCGGUAACUGUUAUCAGUCUUGACUGUCAGCUGAACCUAAUCCGGUUACACUUGUGUCAGCCGUGAUUAGUCUGGGCAAGGCUGUGCUCUAAGGAAAAUUGAAGGCAGCCUGGUGCUCUGAACCUGUAAAAUGUAGGGUGCCCAGUAUAUGAUUUGUAUGAAAAAACUAAGAUUUUCUAGUUGCCCGAGGGCAAAAGUAAGGUGCCAGGGGCCACCGGGCUCUGCUAGAGCACAGCCCUGGGACCCGUUUCUCGAAAGUCCCGAUAACUUUUCGGGCCCUAAGUCAAAUAUUCAAAUCCAAAUAUAAAGAAUAAGAGCGCAGGUCCUGGCUAGCAAACUUCUCCAUUUUGUUUCAUCAACUGAUAGUUUUAUCACGUUAGAUGCAGAACUAUUGAAACCUCUAUCUUGCACGUAAACCACAUCAAGUUUACGCGCCCGUUAAUUAUCGGGACUUUCGAGAAACGAAACGGGCCACUGGUUUGGGUAUCGCAAAAACAGGGUAGUAAUGAAUGAAGUGAAGUGGAAAAGGGAAAAACAUUUAUAUUGUGCCUUUUUACAUUAUUAUAUUAACAUCAUGAUAACAGUAAGUUCAGAAGUCAGCGUACAAGGGCGCCACUGGUUGCGUCCUUCAUCCAUUUAUAAGCUGUCUUACCUGCGAGUAAGCUCUCCGGGGAGCUCUGGCGGCGGGGCAGGAAAAGGAAGGAGAGCUUGCAACUACGUCUCCGGAAGGUGCAUUCCGCCUCCAAUUCACCUGUGUCUCGCCGUCAACUGAGCUGUCAGAUUUCCGCCAAUCAGCGCGAAGCGGAAACGAGGGCGAAUGUAAAGAAGCAUUGGAAAACACGUGAAAGCACACGCCAAGGGUAAUGACGUCAUUACUAAUGUCAUCUCCACCAAUCAGCAUUUCGCAUCGACUUUUUCGAUGUAGAUAUUCAGAUUCCAGAGAUGUAGUUGCAAGCUCUCGCUCCUUUUCCUGCCCCGUCACCAGAGCGCCCCAGAGAGCUUGCUCGCAGGCUAAAGCUGUCUGUACCCCACCUAGCUCAUGAUGCCUGACUGAUGUGUGACGUGAGGUAAACUGUAACAUAGUAUCUGGUGAUUAUUUAUUUAUCCAUGUAUUUAUAUAUUUUUAUUGUUAGUUACAAGUAGACUGAUGGAACUAGAUUAAAUCUUGAACAUUUAUUGCUACUCAGAGAGUUGCCUGAUGAUUGCUUCGCAAGAGGCAUGGAACUCUGAGUAGCAAUAAAUGUUCAAGAUUUAAUCCAGUUCCAUCAGUCUACUUGUAUUCUGCUCUAGUUCAACUAUUGAGCACUCUUAUAGUGGAUGAGGACAUCACUCUGUAACUUCAUUAUAUAUAGUUAGUUAUGUAUUAAUUUAGGUAGUUUAUUAUUUACUUAUUUGGGUGUCUCUAGGUGUUGCGGUGACCAUUUGAUGGUUAGCUAUUGUUUAGUAGUGUGCGUAUAGAGGGUCCCCGAUAGGUUUUUCGGGAUCCGGGAUUUUCCUUAAUUGAACCUCGGGAUUCGGGAAUUUGAUGCAAAAUGGGGGCAAGAUUCGGGAUUGACGGUGUGCGCACGAGGUUGGAUGCUACAAAUAACCCUCGGGAUUACGGGAUGGCACGAAAUUUAGGGUAGGGAUUACGGGAUUGAAGAACCCUAACCCUCUGUAUAAUGUUCAGUGUCUUUUCAAAGUUUUGUAUUAAGUCAUUUGGUGAUUGCACCUGCCAGCAACUCCAAGAAGCUACUAUUUAUUAGACCACUGCAAUAGUUAUUAUAGUAUUUCAUCGCGGAAAAGCAACAACUACAGCACCAAACAUAAAAAUUAUUUUGCUUUUUGCCAGAGGAAGAACGUAAGACUCUCGCAGACUUGGCGCACUCCUGCGCAGACGCUGAAGGGCCUAGGUCUCCAAAUCACGAGAAACCUCACAAGUCGCUUGCUGAAGCAGCAAUGGAGUAUCAAGAACAUCUGAGUCCACCCAAGUCACAACCUGCAAAGGUGGCCGUGGUCACAGGUGAAGAGGAAGAGAAAAAUGUUCUUCAGGUGAGUACUUUCAUCAACUUUCUACUGGCCAACCCUCAAAAUGCUUCAAGUUAUCAAAAUCAAUUUCCUGCUAACACUAUCAAUACGGAUGGUGAAUUACGAUCUGUUUUCUGUGUUUCAAGGUUCGUUGCUUGUGAUCGUAAUUAUGAUUGACGGCAGCGAAAAACGCAAUUGUGGAGGUGGUCAAGGUGGCUUUUGAACUUUAGAGUUCGCGUGUUUGUGAAAAGUAGAAUCAUGGGUUAACUCACUUGCUUGGGUGCUUGACUUCAGAGUGCUGGUUCCACUUUUCUAUUCCUGGCCAGAUUCAACACUCAGGGUCUUAAAAGUUACCUUUCGUGUAGAGAGAAGUAGACUGCGAGCAGUCUCUUAUUUUUCUUUGCAAAAUUACUGCACGCGAAACCCAAGCACGCGAGCCGCGAUAAACGAGGAAGCAGACCCGAGAAGAGAAAAUCUCGUCUCGUCCCUAUCCCUUAUUUUAACAUAAGGUCGUGGUUUGCAAUUGCGCCAGCUGAGAUAAGUACUAGACGGAUGUAAAGAAAAAAGGCAGGUUUGAAGCAGUCAAAGAGAGAAAAAACGCCCCGAAAUACGUCAGUGUUCGUAGACUAGUGCUGUUCCCGUCUGUUUCGUUUUGAUAUGCAAACUAUUUUUCUUCUUCUCAUUCUUAGAGCAAUUGUCGCUUGUUCGUGUUUGAUACCACGACCCAUUCAUGGAGAGAAAAAGGAAGAGGAGUCAUCAGGUUGAAUGACAUGUGCCAGUCAAUGACAGAGGGAAUCUUCCAGUCGAGGCUUGGUAAGGCUAAGAGUUGGAACAGAAGAUUAACUGAGGUAGCUCCACUCCCUCCAAAGUUUAAAUUGGUAGAACAUAGAAGACACGCUCAGUUUUUCUGUCAUGUAGUGACUCCGAUCUGAAUCAGUAGAAAAUUUUGUAGACUGCCAACAAUUGCCCAGCAUUUUCAUGCAGGCGAGAGCCAACAUGGAAAACGCGCGUAAGAGAGAAGUCGGGCGACUCAACAGCUCCAUUCUCAACUCUAUAAGGGACUAGUUGCAGUCUAAAGAUUUUAGGUGAUUACUCAGCCACCCCUCCCCCAACCGCCUAAUCCAAGGUUAACUUCCCUCUUGAGGCAAAAAGUUGGGUUUGGGUAGGUGAGGGGUGAGUGGGCUGUUUUUCAUCGCUGACUAUCAACUUUUGAAUUUUCACAGUGAUGCGCACACAAGGUAGUUUGCGUGUGGUACUCAACACUAAACUGUGGCCCAAUAUGACUUUAGAAAAAGGCAAUGAAAAGAGCUUGCGGUUCACUGCCAUGGACAGCGAGAAAGACAUUAAAAUUUACCUUAUAAUGGUGAGUUAUUUUUUUAUUUUCAUUUUUUUUGUCUUUCCUUCUGGACUUAAUUCCUCAUUUCAAAGUGAUGGGCUUAAGCUAGCCCUUUAGAAGUUGGUUAUAGCCAUUUUUAACUUACUCUCGCACUAAUCACUACUACUCGCCUCCAGAACAGGCGUUAUUUGUUCGCGGUUUUCAGGGGAGCGAAGGCAAGCGCGAAGCGAGCGAGAGGCGCGUUCGCUGGCAUGAAAAAACGCGAACAAAUAACGCCUGCUCUGCAGGCUUUUCCAGUACCAGUGGAAGAAACAGCUCAUAUCUAAGCUGAUUUUUCGCGACGCGAGCACUGGUUUCCCAGCGAAAUGGCUUCUGAAGAACAGGCGUAGAAAUUGGUUAUUCCAUACUGAGGACGUUUCACUACCAGAUCUGGGAAGUGCUUCUGAUUGGUCAGUCGUGCCAAGAGGGAAACUUACUUCAACCAUUCACUAGCCAGAUCUGGGUGGUGACUCGUGAUCAUUACUGAAUUUCUACGCCCUUUCCUCAUAAUUAUAAUACGAGAUUUAGCGGGGAAUCUAGUGUUGGCGUCGUGAAAUAUCAGCUGUUUUCUCAGGUUACUCGCCUUGUUUGUUACUGCGCGAAAUGCGAGGUUUACUUUGUCUUUGUCAUUCCCCAGGCCGCCCCGAACGAUAUUCAACGCCUUUGGACCGCCAUUGAUCGGCGUAUCCAGGCCCUUAAGCGUGGCCAAGAAAAAGAAAAAGCCGCUGACCAAGACCACACUGCAGAUGACGAUGACGAGAGCAAAACCGAGCCAGAUGAUGAACUGAAGGGGACUGAGCAAGAAGACGACGAUGAUUCGGUUAAAGAUCGUUGCGAAGUCCCGGAUGAGGGCAGUAACGAUUCUUGUCCGACUACAGAAGCGAGGGGAAACGAAGGAAAUGAAACCGCAGCUGACGAUGAUUAA